CAGGAUUUCAGUCUUUUUCUGCUGCGAAUCUUCUCCGACGAACAUCCCAAAAUGUCCAACUUCCCAGCCAUCCCACUUGCCACAGCCACAUCUGCAGCCGAGGUUGAGCUUCGCACUCAGCUCGCAGUGCUUGCGGCUGGUCUCCCGACGACGCUGGCUGGUCUGCCUCCCAAGCCUGCCACAGACCGUGACCCCAGCGUCCCGCAUGCGCCAGCGCGCAAUCCCAAGCUGACUCCCGCCGAGAAGCAGCUCGCACUCAAGAACGCGCUGCGCUACUUUGCGACCGAGCUGCACGAGACACUUGCGCCAGAGUUCUUGAACGAGCUGAACGUCUAUGGCCACAUUUACAUGUACCGCCUGCGUCCGACGAGCUACACCAUGAAGGCCCACCCAAUCCACCUCUACCCUGCCAAGUGCACUCAAGCCGCCGCAAUCAUGGUCAUGAUCCAGAAUAACUUGGAUAUUGAAGUUGCCCAAUUCCCGCAUGAGCUCAUCACCUACGGUGGAAACGGCUCCGUGUUUUCCAACUGGGCGCAAUACCUUCUUGCCAUGCACUAUCUGAGCCAAAUGACCGAGGAGCAAACGCUUGCCAUGUACUCGGGCCAUCCUGCUGGCCUCUUCCCGAGCCACCGCGAAGGUCCCCGUGUUGUCGUCACCAACGGCAUGGUGGUUCCCAACUAUAGCAGUCCUGCCGACUACGAACGCAUGUACGCUACGGGUGUUUCGCAAUACGGCCAGAUGACUGCUGGCAGCUACUGCUACAUUGGCCCUCAAGGCAUUGUUCAUGGAACGACGCUGACUCUGCUCAACGCUGGGCGCAAGUAUCUUGGCUCUUCCGAGCUGCAGGGCAAGGUGUUUGUUACGUCUGGUCUGGGAGGCAUGAGCGGUGCGCAGCCGAAGGCUGGUGUUAUUUGCAAGGCCAUUGCUGUCGUCGCUGAGAUCAACGGCGAUGCUCUUCGCAAACGACACCGCCAAGGCUGGCUCAACGAGUACCACUCGGACUUGACUGCGCUUGUUGCUCGCAUCAAACAGGCUCGUGCGGCACGCGAGGUUGUGAGCAUUGGCUACUUGGGCAAUGUCGUUGAUCUCUGGGAGCACUUUGCCAAGGAGCCUGAGCUGUUGGUCGAGUUGGGCUCGGAUCAAACGUCUUUGCACAAUCCGUUCAUGGGCGGCUACUACCCCGCUGGUCUGACGUACGAAGAAAGCAACACCAUGAUGCGAGAGAAGCCUGAGGCUUUCCGCGAGGCUGUCAACGACAGUCUCCGUCGCCAAGUGGAUGCCAUCAAUCGUCUGGUUGCUCGCGGCAUGCGUUUCUGGGACUAUGGCAACUCGUUCAUGCUGCAAGCCGGGCGAGCUGGCGCAAACAUUCUUCGCCCGGACGGUGGUUUCCUGUACCCGUCGUACGUGGAGGACAUUAUGGGAGACAUCUUCUCUCUGGGAUUCGGCCCGUUCCGCUGGGUGUGCACCUCGGGCAAGCGUGAAGACUUGUUGCUCACAGACCAGCUGGCGGCAGAAGUGAUUCGCGAAGCCAUGAAGGAGGCCAGCGACCGCUCCCGCAUGCAGUACGACGACAACCUGCUGUGGAUUACCUCGGUGGACGAGCACCAGCUUGUGGUUGGCUCGCAGGCCCGUAUUUUGUACUCUGAUGCCACUGGCCGCGCCCGCAUCGCUGCAGCAAUGAACACUGCUCUGCGCGAGGGUCGUCUGUCUGGUCCUGUCGUGCUCAGCCGCGACCACCACGACGUCAGUGGCACAGAUUCCCCGUGGCGUGAGACCUCGCACAUUCGCGAUGGCUCCAUGUUUUGUGCCGAUAUGGCCAUCCAAAACGUCAUUGGCGACUCCUUCCGUGGCGCAACUUGGGUUUCCAUCCACAACGGUGGCGGCACGGGCUGGGGCGAGGCCAUGAAUGGCGGCUUUGGCAUGGUUUUGGAUGGCUCGAGCGACGCCGAACGUCGUGCCCGACACAUGCUCCAUUGGGACGUGAACAACGGCAUUGCCCGUCGUGCUUGGGCUGGCGUUGACAAUGCCGAGUUCCAGAUUCGCGCCGCCAUGAAGGAGGAGCCCCUUCUUACGGUCACCAUGCCGCAUCAUGCCGACCAGGCGCUGCUGACUCGCAUUCUCUCUGCAUAAUUCUGUCUCUGUGAUUGCUCUUCAAAGUGUGCAUGUUGUCGGAAACAUAAAUUUCUUCUUUGUCA